AAGAAAGGAAAACACCAUAACCUCACUUUUCGAGAGCGAGAACCUCACUUUUCGGAGUAACAUAACCAAAGUUGGAAAUACGGCGAAAAUAUUUGUGUUAUUAAUUCGAAGACAUAUUAUGCUCUAGAAAUAAUGCAGGCCAUGAGGUUAAUAAAAGUCAACUCCUUAACGAUGGGUACCGCUGGGCUCUGCGAGACUUUCAUCCCAAAUUCCGUUUACACGCAGUGCGUGCGUUGGAAGAGGAAACCAAUUUGGCUGCCCACAGCAAAGUCCAAAGUGUUUCGAAUACCAAAAAGGCCUGUUAUACCUGUCGAGGACAAAUUGGAGCUCCAGCGUUUGAAUAAUAAUUACAGGACAUACAUGACAUCGUUUAGGGCAUAUGUAAGGCAACUUGCAGAGGAGGGCAAGCAACGAUCCGACGAGACAGUUUGUAAGCAGAGCGAAGAGGAGGACUUUGAAAGGUGCAGCGCUAUAAACGACGAGUGGAAUGCAGAAGUAGCGAAGACACGAGAGAUCAGGCUGGCGGAGAUGAGAGAGAAUCACAGAAACGCGAUCCUGCAGCGUUUGCUGAGGCAAGAGCAGAGGCAGGAGAUGAAGAAGGAGAUGCUCAACAAAAAGGUCAGAAAAAUCAAGGAAGAAUCCGUUACGUUCAUCACUGCGGAGAACAUAGACGCCGCGAUCGAGGAGUGUUUGGCAAACGUCGUCGAUCAUAAUCGCGCAUUGGAUUUGGAAGGAAAUUGGCACAAAGGGCAAUAUCCCCCGGUUCCACCAAUCGAAGAGACGCAAAAGCCAGUGGCUGUCGAGCAACGAAGUUAAAUUUGAAAAUCUUACGUCCAGACUAUUCGUAAAAGUAAAACUAAACUUUGCUGGACUCGCACGUUUUACAAGUGUUCUAUAUUCUUGCUCGAAUAAUGAUAAGCGUGAUAAGUAUGAGUUGUUAUAUUAUAGAUUGUAAUAAAUAUAAAAUAGA